AUGCAGGUUGCAAUAAAGUCAUAUGGUGGUGGGGGAGCUAUGAGGUGUGGUGAGUUUCUUAUUCACCACUCGCCUAUUGACACUACGGUCUACUCCAAGACCACAUUUGAUGGUGCCGGAUACGAGGUUGAUUACAAAAAGGAAGAGAAGCACCACAGGCAUCUCGAGCAUCUUGCUGAAAUGGGAGCAGUUGCUGCUGGUGCCUGUGCUUUGCAUGAGAAGCACAAGGCACAUAAAGAUCCAGAGCAUGCCCAUAGGCACAAGAUAGAGGAGGAGAUUGCAGCCACAGCCGCUGUUGGAGCUGGUGGAUUUGCCUUCCAUGAGCAUCAUGAGAAGAAAGAAGCAAAGAAACAUCAUCAUUUCUUAGGUUGAAUAAAGUAAAAACCUUACGUAUUUGGAUAAACUUCUUUUGAAAUGUUUUAAGAUGAAAAAUAAGAAAAAUAAAUCAAUGCAUAAGUUAAAAAAAAAAAUUAAUAGAAGAAAACUUUUACAAAUUAAUUUAUGCAUAGACUAGUUUUAACUUUUAAAAAAAAAAAUUCUUCUAAAAAUGUUUGUAGAAAAAACUUAAUUACUCGGUCAGAAUUAUAAUAGUUUGAAAAUGUGUGUUGAUUGGGUUGCACUAGCCCCAGUUAGCAACUACCCUAAAUAAACCAAUUUACAGGCUAAUUAAUUGAAGUUAUAUAUGUGUGCGUUUUUCUUUGGUCAGUGUAUGGUUUCCAUUUUGUGUACUAAGGUUUCGUAAUUCCAGCAAUAAUACAUUUGUAUUGACUUUCAUGUCUACAUAUAUAAAAUAUUUAUCUCUAUGGUCUAAA